UGAGCAAAGUGCAUUCCUGACAUAGUUUCUGCUAGCGGCUUUGAACCCUGUUCAAAGGGAUUUUGUAUGUCUUACUCACUGGCGGAUCCAGGGGGGGGGGGGCAGAGCCGACCCGUGCCCCUCCCCCUUUGAGAGGCAAAGUUAAAAUUUGUAAUGUAAAAAUGCCGUUAAAACAGAAGUUUGCCCCCCCCCCCCCCCUUGAAAGUGAAGACCUUUUUUUUUUGCUUUUUCGUGGACGAAAUGUCAUUAUUUUUGGUUGAAAACCUGUUUUGAUUUGUUCUUGCUUGUCAAAUUUUCCUCUGGGAAAAUGUGCCCCCCCCCCCUUUGAAAAAAACCUGGAUCCGCCCCUGGUCCGACUCCUUUAUAAUUGUUGGGUCUAUGUCACUGGUCCGGGAUUGUGCACAUUCUGUGCACGCUGGACCAGGCCAUCUGAAAAAAAGUGAAAAGACCUUACAAGAAAAGAGGCUUAGCUUUGCUUUAAACAAUCUGUCACACGAAUAGGAUUGGGCCACUCAAAACAUUCAAAGCAGUCCAGUGACUACACACAUGAUCUGCAACUUUCAGACAAUAUUUAUAACGACCUUAAUUCCUUUCAACGAGUUCGUUAUUCGACGAGAAAACCAAUUAGUAAUUGGUGUAUGUACUUCGCAAAUUAAGUCAGUUUCCAGAUUUUUAUGUUUCAAAUGCAAAUCAUCAUCAGUUCAUAUUCAUCUCUUUCAGGGAAAAAGACCUACACAGAAACUGCAUGUUGUAAACUGUCAGAACAACAAUCGAUCAUUUAAUGCAAACAAGUUCAAAUUGUUGUUAACAAAGACUUCGCAACAUGGUUGAUGCAGUGAUCGCCAAGAGUCCGUUUAAGAUCCACACAAUGGAGAUGAACGUUGGUGGAGAUCCUCUGCGGAUUGUUGUCUCUGGUUAUCCUGAAAUGAAGGGUGACACCCUCCUGGAGAGGUAUCGCUUCACCCGGGAUCACUUGGAUCACAUCCGAAGGGCCAUCAUCCUUGAGCCAAGGGGUCACUACGACAUGUGGGGAGCCAUUCCCAUCAAGCCAGACAACCCUGAGGCGCACAUUGGAGCGUGCUAUCUUAACGCAGAAGGGUACAAUUUCAUGUGCGGUCACGCCACCAUUGGUCUUGCCAGAUAUACCGUCGACUCUGGCUUGGUCGAAAAGACGUCCCCUGAGACACAGCUGAACAUCCAACUGCCUUGCGGUCUACUGAAAGCUUAUGUGGAAUACAACGAAGAGACGAAAACAACGGGCAGAACAAGAUUCACCAGCGUUCCCGCUUUUUUGUGGGAAAAGGAUGCCGAGAUAGAGGUUCCUGGGUUCGGAAAGGUCAAAGUAGACGUCAGCUUUGGGGGUGUCUUCUAUGUUCUUGUCUCCACCAGUCAGCUUGGAUUGGACAUUGUUAAGUCGCCUCUUAGAGACCUCAAGGAUGCCGGGAUAGCUAUCACCAAGGCAACAAAUGAUGCGAUUUCAGUACAGCACCCAGAGAACCCGGAUAUAAACUGCAUCGUCGGGACUAUUUUAACAGACGGCAACGAAACACCCGAUACGGACACCACUUACAACUUGCUGGUUUACGGUGAUCAGGGCAUGAUUGCUCGAGCCCCAUGUGGAUCCGGGACGGUGUCUCGAGUCGCCAUGCAAUACCAGAAAGGACUGACUGAUCUCAAUCAACCAAGGUACUACAAGAGCCGCUGGGGAUCCUCCUUCAUCGCCAAGGCCGUGGAGACAACCAAAGUGGGAGAUAGAGAUGCCGUCCGAAUCGAGGUUUCUGGAAGAGGCCAUUACAUUGGACAAAAUACGUUCUUCUUUGAAGAGAAUGACGAGAUGGGCAAAGGUUUCAUGGUUGAUUGAAGUCCGUGCACUGAAGUAUUAGGGAUUUUUCACAACCACUACAUAAACGAUUUCUGGAACGUAGAUAAGUUAUUGUCAAAAGCCCUUCGUGACAAAGCAGCCCUUGUCGAAAAUCGGUGAAUGCGGUUUCGUCCUGGACUCUGGACAAACGACUUAUUUGCUCGUUUUCGUCAGAUUUCUAAUCUUAGGAUGGUCUGCUAUCCCGGUUCACCAAUUUUCGACAAUGACCUAUAAUAUGUCCAUUGUGAUUUAACGGGCAUUUUCAAUAGAUUUUCACUGUUCCAGAAAGCGUAGUGGUUGCACAAACUUGAUAUUGUCUAUUUUACAUGUAUGUACAUGUGUCACAUACCCAGACUACCGAAUGAUUUUUUUUUGUGCAAUGGUUGCCAAUUUAAUGAAAGUCACGAACAGAUAAUGUCUUGAGAGAUUUGUUAUCUUCUCCCAAAUGUUAACAUUAACAUGAUCAGUGUGUAGUAGUAAUAUAUGUUAUGCUUGGAUAAUCGGGAGGUAUCACUGAUUUGAUGUAAAAUUCGAAUUGUGUCAAAGUAUAGACCUGACUAUGAUUGAAGUGAAUUAAUGCAGGGUCUUUAAUAUAAGAGUUGGAGUCCAAUUUGAUUGCGAAGUACCCUUUUUCUGAUAUUCAAUCAACACGGUGUUUAUUAAUAAAUUCUUAUGUUAAUCCAAUUGAAAAUAUAUAUUGCAAUGAAAUAUAUUCGGUGUAUUAUUUCCAGAUAUAAAAUUAAUAUGAUGUGCAUGUAAUAUUGAAUACUACUGAUAAAAUUUAGGUCAUUCAUAUCCAAACUAAGCAGUGAAGGUCCUAAAGGAGAUCCCUGAAUCACAUCACUUUUAAUAUUGGCUUGUACCGGAAGGAGUGGUAGCAUCGGGUCGCGUCGCGUUAUCAGGUAUCCGCCAUCGUUCGUCCAAAGCCUCCCCCCCCCCCUCCCUCACCCUACCUGUUUUACUGGAAGGUUGCGGUGGGACUUUUUAUUUUAAACUCGCCAUUCUAAUUACUUUCGCCGAGUUUCUAAUUCACAUUUUACCUUCAAGCAGCCAUUCCAAAGAGCCUAUCGUCCGGACGGGUUUAUCACAAGUUGGUCUACAGCCGAUUAGUCUAAUAGACCACUUCAGUAGGGCUACCAAAUGACAAUUAGACCAAGUGGUUUUUUAGACUAAGUGAGUAUGGACUAAACUAUGUUAGACCAACCGUUGUGAAACAAAGUGGGCAACGGACCAAAAUUAAUGUGUACGCCACACUAGUAUUGUUGGGGUUUAAUUUGACGAUUAUACGAAAUGGCAAUUAGACCAACUGAUAAUCGAUUGAUUAAUGAUCAAUUUAUGCAAUUUUAAAUCUCCUAUGAAAAUUGAUAAGAUUGUAAAGAGAAAAGUAUUGCUGUAGGCCUAUUAAAAGUGUUUAAGGAUACAUUUAACUUGAAGUAUAGGGUAGACCUAUAUUUUUACAAAUUAUUUCCCACUUCCAUAUAUCGAGAUGCCAGGAUAUAACCCCUUGUUCGUGCCAGUGUCCCUUAAAAGAUAUUAUAAUUGGUUUAAUGUAAAAUCUAUAAACAUAUUUAAAGGCAUUGGAAUCAUGAUAAUAAUACUCUCGUGAUGCAGCGGAUAUAAACCUUUGCAGUAGUGUCAGGAGUAUUAAUCAUUUGAUGAUUUGAAAGAAAUAUAUCGUUUAUGUCCUGAAAAGUGGGUAUGUAUCCCCCACCUGCCCACCGGUUUUACGCCAGUGAUGCAAAGUGCUGAAUACAACUCACAUAGAUGAUAUGCUAUAACUGUCAUGUUUUGUAGAUUUUAAAGAAAAUUUCGAAAAUAGUAUAUUUUCGACUGUCUCCAUGUUUUUUUUUUUUUUUUUUUUGGGGGGGGGGGCAAGAUUUAUUAUUAAUUAUUAAACUAUCAUGUUUAUAUCUGUUUCUUAUAAUCAUGCAAAAGAACUGUCAACUUGCUUCCUUUUAUAUGAGAAUUUUUUUUAUUGUAUUGUAUUUUCUUAUUUGUUUUGUUGAUAAAUAAAACCAUCCGUGUUGCAGAA